ACGAUCGCUUUAACUGAUCUUUCGCUCUCAUUCUUCUUCUCCAUUCCCUGAAGCCAAUCACCUCAUGGACUCACCGAUCCCCGGAUCCGGAUCCGCGCCCUCGCCAGGUCCGAUUCCACAGCCCAAGCAGAAUCCAGCAUACUCUGCGAACGUACCGAGCCCGAACCCGCCCCAGGCAACUGACAGCACCACCACCACGACUACUAAGAAAAAGAAGAAGAAGAGAGCCUCAAAGCUCAUGACGUCCUUGGAUAAUAUCAAAGGUGAUUUCAAGUACAACCAGCAAUUCCCAACACAAUACAGGCCAGUCUCGCCAGCAGGCCCAACGAGGCAUCGGCUAUCGCCCAACCGGCCUUCUUCAGGUCGAUCUUCGACGCCGACAACGCCGUUUUCCUCAGGACCAAAUACACCGCCUCCAUUGCAUGUUUCUCUGCAGCAGCCAGAAAAUGAAGAAGAGGGCUUCAUUGGCCCUUUCCCUGCCUCUGAACAAAGACAGGACGGGUCUUUACCUGGUCUCAGGAUUACUGCACAAAUCCCUUAUCAAGCUCCCCAACAACACGAUAUACAAGUGCCUCAUCCUACUCAGCCUCCACAGUGGACUGCCGCAGUGCCUCCUCGGCCAUUCACCUUGACACCGUCCGUCUCGACACCAUCUGUCUCAACACCAGCCUUAUCGUCGCCUGCAACCCAAGGAGCGACACCGCACCAAUCAAUACUAGCAGGUGCUGCAACCGCAAAGUCUUCAAGCACAAUGAAUGAUCUCCGAAUGGUGAUGGCCCACGGCGUACCCAUCUUGGCGAGCAACAAAAUCACAUUGCUGACCGCAGGAGAAUGUAUUUUCAGGGCGGCUGUUCAUAUCUUGAGCAGGAAGUUUGUCUAUAUGACCAAGAGCUUGUUUAUGGCGGAAUACAACAAGGUGUUCGGUUGUGUGGAUCGACACGGCGGGACUUUUUAUAAACAUAACGAAUUUCUGGACUCCAGAAAGGCAAGGACUAUCGUGGAGUCUGUCGUUCACGAUGGCAGGAAAUACUACCGCCUCGUACCCAGCUACUUUCAGGGAAUUGCGCACAGCGUCGGACUACCGCCGCUCCCGCAAUUGGAGAAUACUCGCUACGACAUCGACGACGAGGACGACUUGCCGCCCAUCCGACCUCUGGGAUCUCUUUGGCAUCCCGAACCGCGUGGAUUGAGUCCAGAGUCAGCAUACUGGAUUUGGGCAGACGCUCUGAAACUUCCAUUCCCAGAAUCAAAGACGUGCCCACCGCUCUAUAAAACAGUCGAGGCCUUCGAAGAGGAUCUCCUGAAAGCCAAGGGGACAGGAAUGGAGGCCAAGACGAUACGAAAGCGAAUGAGCAGGCAUUCCUUCAGGAUUCUGGAGGGUAUGGAGAAGGAAAGACAGGAAGAGUUGAAGAGAUCAGUCGAGGCCGCCCACAUUGAAUUGAAGCGUUUCUUGGACGGGUCUCAGUCACUUUUCAAGCGAUAUGACACAUUAUCGGAGACACGGUCUGAACCCAUGUCUCUCGAUUCUAGUGAUCGUGGUAUGGAAGUAGAUGAGCAUGUCCCUUCAACGUCAUUGCCAGUCCUCGUCCCAGCGUCAUCAACAGUCAAGGGCCCGCCGAACAGGAACGAAUCAGUGUCGCCUAGUCGUGGAUCUCCUACAGCCCAAUCAGGACCCGAGACGCCCGUUUCUGCCGCUGUCUUGCAGCCUGCUGUAAAAUGGGUUACCAUGAAUGACUUACCAAGCGCGAGUACACACAUCAAGACUCUGCCGCAAACCGACACGCACUUGAGGGGGUUGAAGGAGGCGAAGGACGUUGUAGCAAAGGACAGUAUGCCGGGCGACUCGGCCUCUACCUCGCAUCCCAUCCUGGUCCCUGGCAAGGGUGAAACAGGAACUGAAGUUCACUUGGCAAAUCUCUCGCUCAGGAAUCGGAUAAUCGCCAACGACCUGCUAGAACAUCCCAAGGCUGUCGCGUCAGUCGAUCCUGGAGCAGCAGCCAUCGCUGCAUCGACUUUUCUCGCGUCUUUGGAUCAAAGCGCUGCAAAGGAGUCACGUGAGAGUGCCGAGUCAAUGGAUGUUGACGCAGGGUCCUCAUCGUUGGAACAAGGUCGGACGUCAGAAUAUGGAUCGACAGGGCUUAGGAGGGCCAGUCAAAAAGGCCAGCCGAAGGUGAAUUUAACACAUCAACGGUUCAAACCCUAUCCAGGUAGUGACAGCGAAGGUUUGCAUGCAGUACAGCGAAAGGAAAAGAAGGCGUGCGGAUUCAUACCACCUACUGAAGGUGGUUUGUUCACUCUGCCGCGGCCGGCAUUACGGUCACUGCAGGAAGGGGCAUUUCUGACCGGUAUAACGUCUGCGACGUCGACUGGGCAAUUCCUGCGUACUACUCGAGACCAGAUCCUUCAGGCGCGUCGUGAAGCGCUGGAAAAGGUCAUUGAGUAUACUUGGACCUUGCCUAUGCGGAUGGGGCCGACGAGGGUGACGGAUAAGGUAGCCUCAAGCUCCCCGUCUCCCUCGACGGUCCUGUCUCCGACGUUGUAGGCAGCUGGUCUGCCUUUCUUCUUUCGAUGCUCGUACUGAUAACCUUGCUGCCUCACUGCUUCAAUGCUUCGCUGUCUCAUUCCAAGCUUACUACGUAUUGAAGACGAUUGCAAGUUGGCCAUGUUUGUAUGGUGACGAUAUCGUAAUAGCAUACUUUCAUUCUGCGGAAUAAAAAAAAUUGCAAC